AUGUCUCGAAGAGGAAGCGACGUCUGGAACCAUUUUGUUGCCGAGAAUCAAACAUCAGCGAAAUGCAAACACUGCGACGCGACAAUUCGCCGACAUGGCAAUACAACAAAUCUUCGAGAACACCUUAUUAGACGCCAUUCAAAUGUUUACCAACCAACCGCAUCAACUAGCGCUGGCUGUUCAUCGGUAACAAGCUUCUUUCAAAAGAAGAUUGACCUAUCAGGAGGCAAAGCAAAAGAGAUUACCGCGCAUAUUGCCAACGUCUGUGUUAAAGAUUUGCGUCCAUUUAGCAUUGUAAAAGAUACUGGGUUCCGUAAUCUCAUGGCGCAUGCAUGGCCAACCUACCAAAUCCCAAAACGAGAAACGAUUCGUCAACUGGUCAUGCUUCGACACACUGCAGGCAUACAAGCUCUGAAGAGCGAGCUAGAAAAAUUGAAAUCUGACAUCUCCAUCACUACUGACGGCUGGACCA